GGAAUCGGAGUCUCGGCGCCUCUCUGUCGAAACACCGUCCCGGUUUGACACCUAAAAAAAAGACGAGAGAGACCCACAAACAGAACGGCUCUUCGGGACUCGGUCUACCUACACCUGAAGCUUGUUCCGCAGAAAAAGCGGAGAAGACUGUUCGAAACAGCCGGUGGCCGACGGGAGAAGGAGGCGUUUCGUUCAACUGUCCUCAGUUUUCCGGCCGCUCUCCACUCUCAUCGUGCGUCCGUCGCCUGCGGCAACUGGCCGAGAGCUGCAGACGCCAGACGCGUCCAGGUCGGUCUUCUCUACUUUUCUUUUCACUUUCUCCCGCUGACAGGAAGGACGCUUCGAACGGCGAGUGUGCUCACUCUUGCCUGCUGCCUCGAACAGCGAGACUCUCUGGAUUUCUUCUUCAACGACGCCGCGCUCCGCUGCGAGGACGUUUCUGUGUCUCAACAUCUUUUUUGCGUAUCCUCGAUUGGGUAUCUCCCUCGCGUCUUCGGCUUCUUCUCUUUCUUUCCUCCCUCUCUGCCGUCUUUGCGUCGACGCUCGCUGCUUGCGGCGCCCGCAGGUCCGAUUUCUCUCGGCGUUCCUCUCCCUGCUGCGUUUCUUGUCUCUCCUUCUCUGCGUGUGUCAGGCUCUUUGUUCAGAGCCGCUCAGCUCCUUCUCCUCCUCCUCUCUGUGGGCCAAGCUCGUCAGGACUUCCCCGCUUGGCUGCAGGCUCCAACAGAAGCCGAACAUGGAGUUUCCAGCCUUCCGCUCUCCAGAGUGGAUGGCCAGCGCCUUCGCACCCGCCUCGCCUGCCGCCUCGAGCUCUGCAUCUCUGGCUGCCGCCGCGGCAGUGGAACUCCAGGCCGCAGAGGGGAAGCCUGGCGGCACGACCGAGGGUGCAGCCUCCCCGACCUUCGCGCCUCUCGUCCCUCCCGCCUUCUGCUUCCGCGACUUCGAGCCUGUUCCGGCGUACCUCGCCUCUUUCCCGACUGCUGGGCUGUACGUACAGCGCGUGCAGCAAGUCAAGUGGACCAUCAAGCGGGCGCUGUUUCGUCAGAGUCUGUUCAAGAUCCAAAAUGUGGAGGUGUUGGAGAUGAAGCGCUGCAGACAGCCGCGCCGGCUGGUCGCGAGCGAGAUUCAGUUCGACGCCGAGAGAGAUCGAAGAGUGAGGCUCUCCGGCGCCGCGCCUCUCGCAGCGUCGUCAGCGACGCAGACGUCUUCUCCGUCUGCAGACGCGAGCGCGCGCGCCGUCUCCGCCGCCGAGACGCCGGCAGGUGCCUCUGCUGCUUCGCCGUCGUCCGUCACCGAGAGGCUGCGACGCUGGCGCCGAGAAAACCACAGAGACGAAGAGACCCUCCGAGAAGAAAUCUGGAAGGUCGACAGAUGCGGCUCUCUCAGAGACUAUCGAAUCAUCGUCUCGCGCGACCGAGCCACCAAGGACUUCUUCACCGUGUCUGUACAGCCUGUCGCCUGGAGCGACUGGCUGCGACAAAAGUACUUCAACUUCGUUGACAAGACCGUCCAGGCCGAGGAGUGA